GUAUUUUAUAUAAUGUUGUUAGCUGCUUUGGGUCCACUUUAUAGAGAAAAGCAGGAUAUAAAUAAAAAUGAAUUAUCAUUAUUUAUUUAUUUAUUUAUUUAUUUACAGCAUUUAUAUUCCGCCCUUCUCACCCCGAAGGGGACUCAGGGCGGAUCACAUUACACAUAUGGGCAAACAUUCAAUGCCUUUUUAACAUACAACAAAGACAAGAAAAACAUAGCUCCGAGCAGGCCUCGAACUUAUGACCUCCUGGUCAGUGAUUCAUUGCAGUUAAUUGCAACUGGUUUGCUCUCCCAUCUGCGCCACAGCCCCGGCGCAGUCCAUCCUCAGCUAGCAUGCCAACGACUUAAAUAUGGAGCCUCCGAUGGCCUAGGGGAUAAAAGCCUCGUGACUUGAAGGUUGGGUUGCUGACCUGAAAGCUGCCAGGUUCGAAUCCCACCCGGGGAGAGCGCGGAUGAGCUCCCUCUUUUAGCUCCAGCUCCAUGCGGGGACAUGAGAGAAGCCUCCCACAAGGAUGAUAAAACAUCAAAAUAUCCGGGCGUCCCCUGGGUAACGUCCUUGCAGACAGUCAAUUCUCUCACUCCAGAAGCAACUCCGGUUGCUCCUGACACGAAAAACCCCCGACUUAAAUCAAGAAACAGCUUGCUGGAAUAUGUACUUGCAGGAAUACCUGCAAGGUGUACUUGCAGGAACACCUCACCAAGCGAGAGUCCAAAAGUGGCAGGCUCAAACCCAGGACCUCAAUCAGUGGCUGAGACAAGAUGAAAAACUCCCUCCUGGGCACACAGAAGACUGGGUGGCUUUGAAGGCUCUGAACAGACUGUUCUCUGGCACCACGAGCUGCAGAGCCAACGUUAAGAAAUGGGGCUACAAAGUGGAGUCCAGGACAUGCAAGUGUGGAGAAGAGCAAACCACAGACCACUUACUGUGAUGCAGCCUGAGCCCGGCCACAUGCACAAUGGAGGACCUUCGUACAGACACCAGAGGCACUCCCAAGUAGUCAGUUUCUGGUCAAAGGACAUUUAGCAUAAUGCCAAGGAAGGCCCAUUUCCAGGUGGGCGUGGAAUCCCUGCCCUCCUCCUCCAGAAGCCAAUAUGUGCUGCUGUUGGAUGUGAAGUAGAGGAUGUUUCCAGCUUGCUGGAGUCCCCUGAAGCCCUGCUUCGGGCCCAGGCUUCUCGGCCUGAAGCGUCUGUCGGCCUUGUUUCUGUCCCGUUUCAGCUCCUCCAUGGAGGCGCCCCGCAUCCUCUUCUCCCCCUCCGGCCGCAGCCUCUUCGACGAGCCCCUCCACCUCUCGGUGGAAGGCCUGCCUCCGGGGCAGGAGGUGACCCUCGAGGCCUCGCUGGAGGACGAGCGGCAGGAGCUUUUUGAGGCGCGGGCCUUCUACCGUGCCGACGCCGAGGGCCGCCUGGAUGUCAGCCGCUCCCCGGCGCUGGAGGGCGAGGGCGGGAGCUUCUCGGGCCUGGAGCCAAUGGGCCUGCUCUGGUCGCUGCGGAAGCCCAUGCGGCGCCUGGUGAAGCGCGACGUGCGGAGGCCUUUCGUGCUGAAAGUAGACGUGCGCGGCGGAGGGCCCGCCGAGGCCCCGGGCCCGCUCCUCGCCCACGCCGCCCACGAGAGGGCCUUCCUGGGAGAAGGGACUCGCCGCAUCCCCGUCAGGGAAGGCGCCCUCCGAGGCACCCUCUUCCUCCCGCCCGGUGAUGGUCCCUUUCCUGGAAUCAUUGAUCUUUAUGGAACUGGAGGAGGUCUCCCUGAAUACCGAGCGUGUUUGUUGGCCAAUCGUGGCCUUGCCAUGUUUGCAUUGGCCUAUUAUGGCUUUGAAGAUCUUCCCAAGCAACUAAAGGAUUUACAUCUGGAGUAUUUUGAAGAAGGUGUAAAUUACAUGCUAAAACACCCAAUGGUCAAAGGCCCGGGAAUUGGGCUGCUUGGACACUCCAAAGCAGGUGAUCUCUGCAUCUCCAUGGCUUCUUUCUUAAAGGGUAUAAUAGCUAUAGUCACAGUUAAUGGCUCUGUAGUCAAUGUUGGUGCAGCCCUCCACUACAAGGACAUCACGAUUCCUCCUAUUGGCAUUGACGCAAAACGAGCCAAAAUUGACAGCGCUGGGGUUUUUGACAUUAUUGAUGUUCUGGACAAUCCACUUGAGGGUGAAGGGUGCAAAAGCUUUAUUCCACUGGAGAGGGCUGAGGGACGCUUUCUUUUCAUUGUAGGCCAGGAUGAUCAUAACUGGAAGAGUGAAUUCUAUGCAAAUGAAGGCUCUAAACGUUUGCAGGCUCAUGGGAAAUUAAAACCAGAGAUAAUCUGCUAUCCUGGAGCAGGACAUUACAUUGAGCCACCUUAUAUGCCCUACUGCCCAGUUUCCAUGCAUUUCUUGGUGGGUCACCCUGUGAUGUGGGGAGGAGAGCCCAAGGCUCAUGCAGCAGCACAAGUGGAUGCUUGGCAGCAGAUUCAGGCUUUCUUCCACAAGCACCUUGGUGGUGAACAAGGUGUAAAAGAAAGCAGGUUGUGAGAGCUUUGGUCCUGAGAUAUGUGUUUCAAGACGUUUGCAAGAAGGCUGUAUAUUCUGCUAAGCAAGAGGUCAAUGAAAUAAAGUUGGCAUGUGUGAAGUGUAAGCUUGUGGAGGGAGACUGAUGGGAAGGGACCAAUACUCCCCCUCCCCCCUCGCCACCUUAAACUUCUUGUUUUUAUUGAUGCUCAGGAGACUGAGAACUGUAUAACAUCAACAGAAGAGAUUACAGUCGCUUCUGGGAAGAAUUGCAAGAUGGCUUAGUUGCAAUGCCAAGGUGAAAAGUUGUGUUAGCUUAUAAUAUACAUAAGACGGAUUGGUUCUUUGUUUUGCUUGUUUUUCUUUUUGCCUUUCACACAAAGUAACAGUUGCAGUUUAAUUCCUCAAAUCAAGUUGUAGAGUGAAUUUGGGUAUAAACUAACCCGUUUAUUUGGGUUGUACAAAAUUUAAAUGAAUGAGGUAUACCCUCUUUUCCUCCUUUUUGGGAGGGAAGAUUAACAUUUUAUCAGCCUUUAUAUAAUGUUUAAUAUGCUGUUAACUGUCAGGUUUCAAAAGUAACCAGACAUAGCCAUUUUACUUUUAACUUCAAAACAUUUGCAAAUUCAAGUUAGUGCUCUCCAGUUUAGCUCUGCUUUGUGCUUUCAUGAAGUAAUGAUUAAAAUGUAAUUUCUUUGUAAUUUAUUACAGUUUGUAAUUAAAAUCAACAUUAUUCAAUG